AUGACGCGCAGUGUUGCUCUGUGGCGUGAGCAAACUCCGGUGCAACGCAGUGACAGCGCGCGGGAGAAAGAGCCGGCCACGCAGCGGCCCCAGAACGUGGACCAGGGCCACGCAGCGGCCCCAGAACGUGGACCAGGGCCACGCAGCGGCCCCAGAACGUGGACCAGGGCCACGCAGCGGCCCCAGAACGUGGACCAGGGCCAUGCAGCGGCCCCAGAACGUGGACCAGGGCCACGCAGCGGCCCCAGAACGUGGACCAGGGCCAUGCAGCGGCCCCAGAACGUGGACCAGGGCCACGCAGCGGCCCCAGAACGUGGACCAGGGCCAUGCAGCGGCCCCAGAACGUGGACCAGGGCCAUGCAGCGGCCCCAGAACGUGGACCAGGGCCACGCAGCGGCCCCAGAACGUGGACCAGGGCCACGCAGCGGCCCCAGAAUGUGGACCAGGGCCACGCAGCGGCCCCAGAACGUGGACCAGGGCCACGCAGCGGCCCCAGAACGUGGACCAGGGCCACGCAGCGGCCCCAGAACGUGGACCAGGGCCACGCAGCGGCCCCAGAACGUGGACAGGCACAGGGGGUCCUCCUCUUUAAAGCUCAAUCCGUUUUACCCCCCUUUCAUCGACGUGCAGAAGCCGAGUUAA